UAAUGUAUAUAAAUAUAAUUACAUUAAAACUAGCAAUUAUUAAUUAAUACGAAUGUCAAUAUAGUAAACAUCAAAUAAUUUCAAUAAUAAUAUCAAAUAAAAUAACAAUUAAAUGAAAAACAGUUCACAGUUAGAAAAUGAAAACAUAAAGACGUGUAUUUUUUUUAAUUAUUUAUUUUUAAUAAUUUUCUUAUAAACUCUGCAACGGCACGCGACUUGCAGUUAAGAAAUUAAUGAAUAACGUAGUGGAAGCAACCAUUUUAACGGGGCCUUUCAUAGGUGAAGAUGUCCUCAUUCUUCGAAUACCCAUGAUCCCGACCGAUACACCAUUUCAAUUUAAAAGAUUGCAAUUCCCAAUUCGAUUGGCAUUUGCAAUCACAAUCAAUAAAGCUCAAGGUCAAUCUUUAGAAUUGUAUGGUUUAGAUUUAGAUGCGGAUUGCUUUUCACAUGGACAACACUGUAUGUUGCGUGUUCCCGAGUCGGCAAACCAGAUCUUUAUCUACGCAGACUGGAAAAACAAAAAAUAUUAUAUAUCCACAAGUAUUGCAAAGUUAAACUUUAUGAAAUGUAUUCUUUGUUUUGUUCCUCAUUUCUCAACCAUUCAAUCACAAUGUACCACUGCGAAGCGUGGCAGGGUACAGCUAGUAUAUUAUAUGUAAA